AUGCAAGAUGUCGAAACUGCCACUUCAAAGUCGCUCAAACAGAAGCGAUUGCUUUCGUUUUUGGUGAGAAAUGUUGCUCCUCGAGCAGAUGCGUCGGACAAAAAACCGUUCCCUGUGGGGAAGGCCGGUGUAGUCUCUAAAACUUUCUUCUGGUGGACAAACCCUAUCAUGAAGGUUGGAUACACCAGAACUUUGGAGCCCAACGAUUUGUUCCAGCUCGAAGGAGAUUGGACUGUAAGACAAUCCACCCAAACUGUGAAGGCUGAAUUGAACAAGUUAUCUAAAAGUGAAUUAACUUACAAAGAUAUCAUGCUGGUGCUCAUUCGCACAUUUUGGCAAGAAUGGGUGAAGAUCCUAUUGAUUCUUACGUUGUUCGGCACAAUGGACAGUUUCAGUCCUCUUGUAACGAAGCACUUGAUCAUUGCCAUUGAGGAACGUAUGUCGGGCUACAAGAAUGCGAUCGGAAAAGGUGUUGGUAUUGCCGUUGCGUCUAACUUCAUGACUUUAUCGGUGGAAAUCUUGAUAGCACAUGCAUCCUUCCGAGCAUUAGCUUUAGGCACCAGGAUCAAGUGCAUUCUUACAUCUUUGAUCUUAGAAAAGCUGUUCAAGUUGAGUCCAAAGGGACGUCACAAGUUCCCCACUUCCAAGAUUACCUCCAUCUGUACGACGGACCUCUCUCGAAUUGAAAUUGCAUGUCUUUAUGCUUCUUUCCUUCUUCUUGCUCCCAUUCCUGUGAUCGUGUCCAUUGUUCUUUUGGCAAUCAAUCUUGGAGUCACUUCCGUAGUAUCAGUUGGAUUGUUGGUGGCCGCCUCUAUCUCGUUGUCAUUUUCGGUCAAGAAGCUUUACGCAUACCGGUCGUUUGUGGUCAACAUCACCGACAAGCGAGUGAACAUAAUGAAAGAGAUUGUGUCGAACUUAAAGAUCAUCAAAUUCUACAACUGGGAAAUGCCCUACUUUAAAAGCUUAAUGGAAGCCAGAAACAGUGAGAUCUCGGUGAUUUUGAAGAUUCAGACAUUAAGAAACAUAUUGAACACGACUUCUAUUACCUUGACAGCUUUGGUUUCUAUGGUUUCCUUCAUUGUUUUGUAUGCCAUCGAAGGUCGUUCUCGACUGGCUGCCAAUGUCUUUUCUGCCUUGCAAUCAUUCUCCACCUUGUCUAUCGUCCUUAAUGUCGUCCCUUUGGCUCUCUCAUCUGUGGCCGACUUCGUCAACGGUUUAAAAAGAGUGGCCGAUUUGCUCUCUCAGGAGGAAGUUUCAGGUGAAAGUCACUACAAUAUAAUUAGCAAGGAUGGUCCUGCUAUAAAUGUCAAAGAUGCAACAUUCAUCUGGGAACAAUUUGAUGAUGAAGAUGAUGCAGAAGAUGAAAAAUCGAUCGAUGACGGAAAUGCAUCUGUUUAUAAUCAGGGAAUUGCCAUGAAAGAUUUGAGUGGAAUUUCAGACAAUGAAAACCAGAAUCAGAAGCUUAUGUCUUUAAACAAUGUGAAUUUGAAGAUUGAUAAAGGUGAUUUCGUGGUCGUCACGGGCUCCAUUGGCUCUGGAAAGAGUUCGUUAUUGAAUGCUCUCGCAGGAUUCAUGACUUGCGAGUCUGGCUCGGUUGAAGUGAACGGAGAGCUCAUUUUCUGCGGAGAGCCAUGGAUUCAGAAUUGUACCAUCCGUGAUAAUAUCACUUUCGGAAUGCCAUUUGAGAGAACUCGCUACGACGAAAUCAUCUAUGCCUGCUCCUUACAAGCGGAUUUGGAUGUUCUUCCAGGAGGAGACUUGACUGAAGUUGGUGAGAAAGGUAUUACGUUAUCUGGUGGACAGAAGGCAAGAAUCUGUUUGGCCAGAAGUUUGUACCACGGAGGAGACAUCGUUCUCAUGGACGAUGUAUUAAGUGCCGUGGAUGCUCGUGUUGGUAAGCACAUAGUUCAGCAGUGCUGUCUUAACCUUUUGGCGGGAAAGACUAGAAUUUUGGCUACUCACCAGUUAUCGUUGGUGGAAACAGCAGACAAAGUGAUUUUCAUGAAUGGUGAUGGUACAUUCGACUUCGGCGUUUAUGAGGAUAUUAAGAAGAACGAGAAGUUUGCCAAAUUGCUCUCGUACAAUCAACAGAAAUCUGCAGAGGAACAGAGGAAAUUGAAAGAAAGUAAAGAGGCAGCUCUCUUAGAUACAGACUCUACUGACAUUACGGAGGUGAUUGGCGAAAGCGAAGACAAGGAUAGAUUCGAUCAGCUGUUGAAGAGAAGAAUGGUGAAAACCGAUGAUAUUACUGAAGUUUUCGAGGAAGUAGACGAGGAAUUCGAGUUUAAAGACGUUUACGCCAACAAGGAUGCUUCUAAGGGAAAAAUCAUUGAGGAAGAAGAAAAGGCAGUCAACUCACUCAAGGGGUACGUUUACAAAACUUAUAUCAAGUUUGGAGCCGGAAAAAUCACUGUUCCAGGAUUUUUGGUACUCUUCACAAUUACUUCUGCCAUUGCUGUGUUUGGAGAAAUUUUCUCGAAUACUUGGCUUUCUUUCUGGGUCAGCGACAAGUUUGACAAACCUUCCAAUUUCUAUAUUGGGCUCUACGUGUUGUUUACCAUGCUUUUCUUCAUUUUCUUACUCUUCGAGUAUGUCGCAGUUGCCUUUGUUGCCAGUAACGCACUGAAAAAGCUCAAUAUCGCUGCUGCUAAACGUGUCUUGGGAGCUCCGAUGAGCUUCUUGGACGUUACGCCGCUAGGCAGAAUUCUUAACAGAUUUACUAAAGAUACUGAUGCCUUGGAUAAUGAAAUCGCAGACAACUUGAAAAGAUUAGUCUAUUCAUUAUCAUUUAUCAUCGGUCUGAUUGUUUUGAAUUUGAUCUAUUUGCCAUGGAUUGGUAUAGUCAUUCCCUUACUUGGAGCUGCUUAUGUUGGUGUGGCCAAUUACUAUCAGGCCAGUUCUCGAGAAAUCAAGAGAUUGGAGGCUGUUCAAAGGUCGUUCGUGAUCAACAAUUUAAGUGAGAUGCUCAAUGGUAUGAGUACCAUCAAAGCUUUCAAAAAGAAAGAUUAUUUCCUUUUAAGAAACGAACGGUUCAUGGAUGAAACAAAUGAGGCAACAUUUCUCAGCAAUGCCGUAUCCAGGUGGUUGGCAAUUAGUCUUCAAAUGAUUGCUUCGACAUUUGGUUUGAUAGUGUGUGUUCUUAGUGCUGCUGGAGUAUUCAAGUUGCUGCCUGCUACAGUCGGUUUGUUGAUCAACAACGUGAUUGGAUUGUCUUACCAGCUUUCUGCUAUCACUUCCUUCAUCACCCAAGUGGAAAAUGACAUGAACUCCGUUGAAAGACUCAUUUUCUACGCGGACAAAAUUCCCCAAGAAGAAAAUCCCGAGAUUCAAGGUCUCACCCCACAAAAGGAGGUCUGGCCGUUAUCCGGAAAGUUGGAGUUUGACAAUGUAUCCAUGCUGUAUCGUCCCGGCCUCCCUCCGGUAUUGAAGAACCUCUCGUUCAAGGUCCAGGCAGCAGAGAAGAUUGGAGUAUGUGGAAGAACCGGAGCCGGCAAGUCAUCUAUCAUGGCAACAAUCUUCCGACUCCACGAAUUGGACUCCGGUGCUAUCUUGUAUGAUAACAUGGAUAUAUCCAAGCUUUCACUAACAGCUCUUCGAAGCAAUAUCUCUAUAAUUCCACAAGAGCCAGUGUUGUUUUCGGGUACCAUCAGACGGAAUUUAGAUCCAUUUGGAGAGCAGACUGAUGAUACUCUUUGGGACGCAUUAAGAAGAAGUGAGAUCUUGUCUGAAGAGGAGAUUGGGGUCGAGAGAGCUAGAGCAAAGACGGAAGACGCAGAGAAUAUGCACAAAUUUCAUUUAGAUCAGAUCGUUUCUGAGGAAGGAGCCAAUUACUCUGUGGGAGAGAGACAGCUUAUUUCGUUUGCCAGAGCACUUGUUCGUAACACGAAGAUUUUGAUUUUGGACGAGGCAACUUCGUCCGUUGAUUACGAGACAGACCAUAAGAUCCAGAGCACUAUCAACCGAGAGUUUGGCCAUUGCACAAUCUUGUGUAUUGCCCAUCGGUUGAAAACGAUCUUGCAUUACGACAAGAUCUUGACGUUGGACAGGGGGGAGAUUCGACAAUUCGACAAGCCGAAGGUGUUGUUCCAUGAAAACGGAAUUUUCAGACAGAUGUGUGAUCGGUCAGGAAUAACGGCCGAUGAUUUCUAA